CACAAUUUAUAUCCCGGCUGAAUGCUAAUGUUUCAGCCAAACAGCACAGACAGUGGUCAUAUGUUACCUCAGUGGGAUGGGCAGUGCUGGAUGUAUUGUUAAAGAGUCUGACACCACGCACAGCAUAUUGUACCUGAGAGUGAGGACAACGCAAUUGAAAAGGACCACUGCAUCUCACAGAGCAUUUGAAUACUCUGAAUAUCACCCAGUGAUGUGGACUCUGCUGCUGAUUCCUGGUUUCCUGAUCGCAGAUUCAGCACUCACUGACCCCUGUGCAAAUCACACCAUCCUGGACCAGGCCUGGAGGAGCAUCUAUUGUAAAUGGACUGAGUGCACUGGCCAGUGGAUGUGUGAUGACAAACUUCAGGAAGGAUGGUACCAAUUUAAAAGUUCUGGUGGAUUGAAGAUUCCGGAAACUCUCAUCCUGUUUGGACACUGUUCCACAGCUUCUUCAGGCUGGUUAAAUGGUUCACAUCCCACCAUGGGAGAGGGGGAAGUUACCAGGACAGUUUGCUUCACCUUGGCUGAAAAUCGCUGCUUCUGGACCAGAGAGAUAAAGAUUAAAAACUGCAGCAGUGACUUUGUUUAUGAGCUGAAGCCGGUGCCAGGCUGUAAUGCUGCUUAUUGCACAGAUCCAGGGACAAUACCAGCUCUGAAAUCUGAGCAACAGUCGACUCAUGAAUACAAUGUCACUGCAUCAUCGAGCCCAACAGGAUCUGAAAUAUCAGUCGCAGAUUCGGCAUUCACUGACCCUUGUGCAAAUCACAUCGUCCUGGACCAGUCCUGGAGGAGCAUCUACUGUAAAUGGACUGAGUGCACUGGCCAGUGGAUGUGUGAUGACAAACUUCAGGAAGGAUGGUACCAAUUUAAAAGUUCUGGUGGAUUGAAGAUUCCAGACACUCUCAUCCCAUUCGGUUACUGUUCCACAGCUUCUUCAGGCUGGUUAAAUGGUUCACAUCCCACCGUGGGAGAGGGGGAAGUAACCAGGACAGUUUGUUUUACCUCGGGUGAAAAUCGCUGCUUCUGGACCCGAGAGAUAAAGAUUAAAAACUGCAGCCUUGACUUCGUUUAUGAGCUGAAGCCAGUGCCAGGCUGUAAUGCUGCUUAUUGCACAGAUCCUGGGACUUCCCCAACUCAGGAACCCGAGGAACAAUCGACAGGUGAAUUGGUUGAUAUUUCAGCCUCUAUUUCAGCAAAGACUUCAAGCACAGAUCCAGGGAAAACACCAACUCCGGAAUCUGAGGGAUUCUCGACUCGAAAAUCCUCUCUCCCUGAAUCAUCCAGCCCAAAUGGAUGUGAAAUAUCAGAUACUGAUUUCAAGACGAUUCGCGUGAAGGUCACCUCAGUAAGAGGGCUCAAUGAAGAGAGAGCGAGGGACAUCAUUAUGGAUUGGCUCCAGAAGGAUCAAUGUCUAAUUGGCUUGAAGCGUGAGGACAUUCAGUGACCACAGCAUUAGGCGACAGCCCGGGGACCGGAGCAAUCUCCAUUCUGUAACAACAGAGGCAGCUCACACCCCUGCUGGAGGAAAGAAAUCAAAUGAUAAAUUAGUGGAAACUCUCAGUGAUUUAUUUCUUCAAAUGAUCGAAAGCAUCGAAAAAUUGAAGUACAUGGAUAUUUCAGCACAUUCUCCAAAUGCUCCCUGAACUUUGUCUGGGCCAUGGCAUAAAUACAAGUAUUUGUGCAGCAACUCAGGAGCUCCAGCAUGAAGCCCAAUUCCCGCACAUAGUCAUCCAUCCAUAGGGAACGGAGCAUCAUAUAAAACAUCCUCCUCCAUCUAGAAAACACCUUUAACAUCGCCCACAACAGGAUGAAAUUGGCUGAGAUAGCAAACAGCAAAAUGAUGGAUUUCUGCUGACUCUCCAUCUCUGGGUCUCAGGGACUGUCCCCACUGCCGUGAGCCCGGUCUCUCCUGCGGGCUCUGCUCUUCACUAAAGUGUGUCUGCCUGUGAGAACGCUGAGCAUCAGAAUGAUGACAAAUGGAACACAAGGUGUAAGAAUGUGAUGGAGGAAUUCUAUCGUUACCCGGGCCUUAGAGAGCUGAACAUCUAAUGUCACAAUACAAAACCAGGAUCGGUUCAUCAGCAAAUACCAGUCUGAUAACAUAAAAUACCAGAAAACAUACUUUAAAAAGCUCAGCACAGUCACGGUUCCCAGGAUUCCAGCCACCAUUUUCUCGCUGCAAUAUUUACUUUUCAGCUUCUGGCAACAAAUGGCCACAAACUGAUCAAAGGUGAAAAGAACGGUGAACCAGACAUAACAGUCAGUGGCUGCAUAAAGGAGGACGACAUGGAUAUUACAAACACACAUGGCCCACAGGAAAUUAAAAUAUUCCAAUAAACAAUCAGAAUGUGGCUCAAUAUCAGGUCCAAAAUAAUGACCAGUAGAUCUGCUGCUGCCAUGGACAUGAGGUAGCGACUGACACAUUUGGAGAGGCCACAAUUUCUCCGAGUUAAGAUCGCAAUCGUCAAUAGGUUUACUGCAAGGAACAGAGAAAACAGUGGAAUUAUGCAACGAACUUAAAUUUUAAAAAAAUAUUUGCCUGAAGGCGCUGAAAUGUUCUACUAUGUUGCUGCAUCAUG